AUGAGAAAGGGUAUCUAUCGGAAUCUUUUCUUUUUUUUCUUUCUUUCUUUCUUUCUUUCUUUCUUUCUUUCUUUCUUUCUUUCUUUCUUAACAUAUAGCUUCUUUAGUUUUAGGGUUUACUUUCUUUUCUUCCUCCAUUUUCUCCUUCUUUUUUUCUUUCUUUCUUUCUUUCUUUCUUUCUUAACAUAUAGCUUCUUUAGUUUUAGGUUUACUUCCGCGCUUUCUUCCUCCAUUUCUCUCCUUCUUUCUUUCUUUCUUUCUUUCUUUCUUUCUUUCUUAACAUAUAGCGUUUACUUCGCGCUUUCUUCCUCCAUUUCUCUCCUUCUUUUUCUUUCUUUCUUUUGCUUUCUUUUUUCUUUCUUAACAUAUAGCUUCUUUAGUUUUAGGUUUACUUCCGCGCUUUCUUCCUCCAUUUCUCUCCUUCUUUCUUUCUUUCUUUCUUUCUUUAUUUGUACUUUCAUAAAAUCUUAUCAUUUACAGUUUAAAUUACUUCCUUCCUACUUCCGUCCUUCCUUCCUCCAUUUCUUUCUUUCUUUCUUUCUAAGUUAUUUUCAUUUAGAGCUUAGGCUUACUUCCUUCCUUUCUUCCUCCAUUACAUUCUUUCUUUGUGUCUUUCUUUCUUUUCACAGUCUUAAGUUCUUUUCAUUUACUCCUUUAGUUUUACUUCCUUCCUUUCUUCCUCCACUUUUUUUUUCUUUCCACUUUAUUAAGUUCUUUUUCUUUAUAUUCUUUAGGUUUACUUACUUUCUUUCUUCCCUCCAUUUCUUUGUUUCUUUCUUUCCACGUUCUUUUCAUUUACCGUUUGGGUUUACUUUUCCCCUUUCUUCCUCCAUUUCUAACUGUGUUUACUUCCUUUCUUCCUCCAUUUUUCUUUCUUUUUUCUUUCUUUCCCCUUUCUUAUGUUCUUUUUAUUUACCGUGUAGUUUUAUCACCAUCUUUUUUUGCUACAUAUCUUUCUUUCUUUACUUUUUCUUACGUUCUUUACCCUUAGUUUCCUUCCUUCCUUUCUUCAUUCAUUUCUUUCUUUCUUUCUUUCUUUUUCUUUCUAUUCUCAAUUUCUUUUCAUUUAUCAUUUAA